CGCCGCUGGAAGAUGGCGCAGGAGGCUGACGCUAUGGAAGACGGGCAGCUUUCUGACUCGGAUUCCGACAUGACUGUCGCGCCCAGCGACAAGGCCCUCCCGGUGCCGAAAGUACUAGGUGGAGACAUUGCUGUGGGGCCCUUCCAGAAUACUGCAUCAGCGUGUGCACCAGUAUCCCAUUAUCGAAAUAUUAAAAGUAUGGAUUCAAGCGACGAGAGUUUCUCUGAUUCCGAUGAUGACAACUCUGUUUGGAAACGAAAGCGACAGAAAUGUUUUAAUCCUCCUCCCAAACCAGAGCCAAUUCCAUUUGACCAGAGCAGCCAGAAACCGUGUGUUGCUGGGAAAAAGAUCAACAACAUAUGGGGUGCUGUCCUACAGGAGCAGAAUCAAGAUGCAGUGGCUACUGAACUUGGUAUCUUGGGAAUGGAGGGCACUAUUGAUAAAAGCAGACAGUCUGAGACUUACAAUUAUUUGCUUGCAAAGAAACUUAAGAGGGAAUCUGAGGAGCAUACAAAAGAAUUAGACAAAGAGCUAGAUGAAUAUAUGCGCAGUGGCAAAAAAGCAGAGGAAGAAAACGGACAGAGUCAUCUCAAACGCAAACGCCCUGUGAAAGACAGAAUAGGGCCCAGGGUCGAAAUGAAUUAUAAAGGCCGGUAUGAGAUCUCCGAGGAAGAUUCGCAAGAGAAAGUGGCUGAUGAAAUUUCCUUCAGCAUUUUCUACAUUGAGAAUCAAAAGGAAUAUGAAAAUCAAAAAGCUGCUCGGAAGAGGAGAACACAGGUGCUGGGGAAGAAGAUGAAGCAAGCUAUUAAAAGUCUAAAUUUUCAAGAAGAUGAUGAUACAUCACGAGAAACUUUUGCAAGUGAUACAAAUGAGGCUCUGGCCUCUCUUGAUGAGCCGCAGGAAGGACAUGGAGAAACAAAGUUGGAUACAGAGGAAUCCUUUGAGGUUGAUCAUUCUCAUGAUAUAGACAUCUUUUAAUGGAUUCGACAAGUUUGGACAUUGGGAGGAACAAGCCUUUCAAAGUUAACAUGGUAAUGAACCGCUCCUACCAGAGUGCUUUGUUGUACUUCGCACUGAUAACCCGGAGGUGCGAGAAUUUUCUGUUUCAAAGGGAGUAUGUGGGGUGUUAAGUGUGACUGAUAGUAACAGUUAAAAUGUUCUCGUGUUAAUUAUGAAUAUCACUAGUUGAUGAUCAUUUUUUUCCAGUCAUGCCAUCCCACUUGAAAGUCUGUUUUCCUGGAUUUAUCUUUGCAACGAAUAACACUGAUUUCAAAAUAUCCCAACAAGAGGGUCUUACUGGGCACAGAGGAGCCUUGUCACAGUGGUGAACCUGCUCAGCUGCUGUCCAGUAGCUUGCUGGCUCACACCCCACAGGGGUCCCACGGCAGACAGGCCUGACCAUCAGGUGUGAGGACCAACCUAGAGAAGUCUUUCUACUCUGCCACGGGGCAUUGCCUUGAAUGAAAAAAUCAGCUCACCCAACUGCAAUGAAAGACAUAAAUUGUGAAGCUAUUGUAAAUGCACCGAAUUUUGUUUUUCUGUAUUUUAAGAACAAUUAGGCCAUUUUACAGUUAAAGACUAAAAGUAAGUUGAUAUUGCUGGCAUUUUCUAUUUAUUUGUCAGGAAUCAGUAAAUGUUAGAGCUUUUCAAAGAAUUGUUAGUUCUUCAACUUGGUUUUUGACUUACUUUAAUUAACUUGGUCAUGUACUGAAUAAUGAAUGUAGUCCAAAUCUGUGUAUUCCCAUGGACAUGUAAAACCUAACAGCACCAGUCUGCUUUGGACUCUUUUACCUUAUGUUAAGGAAGUAAGGUGUAACUAUUGUCAUACCUGCAUGAAGUUCUACACUUUUAUUAAUGACAAAAAUAAAAGUUUACGUAAGAUGUCAUGAGAGUUGAUUAUAGUUUACACAUUUAAAAAUGUUGGAAGCAAUUAUAAACUAUUCUUACAAUGUAUUUGAAGUUCUUCAGUAGUUCUUAAAACAGGGUUGCUGAAGUAUGUAGCUGGGAAGAGAAAGGGAAAAUGAUCGUUGGUUGCUUUUUUAUUAAGGCAAAAAUAAAAUUAGAUUUUUGGCAGUCCUUAA